CAGAAAGCACAGCCGGAACAAGGAUGCUGAAGACGACUAAGCAAAAGAAGAGAAGGGAGUAACCAUCCAAGCUCUCACUGUCCUUCCUGUCAAGUCACAGCCUGUGAUAACACUGUGUGCCGUGAUGCUCACAGAGCAAGCACCUGCUGCUCUGUAAUGAUUCAGCUUCUUUCACUCGUAGCUUUAACACAACAGGAUGAUAUUGCUGCUGUUACUGCUGCCUCAUUUGCUGCUCCUGCUAUUGCCGGUCCUAUUGCCUUUCCUGUGGUUGCUGCUUCAUGACAGAUCUGUUCUUCCAAGCAGGCACCACCAUCCUAUGCUCCAGGUGAGAAUCAAGCAAUUCACUCUUGGCUAUUGGCUUACCUAACUAACUAACAACUACUUGUCAGGGAGUAAGAUGCACGCACAGCCGAGCACUAUAAUGGCACAGAAGAGCAUGAAAUGUUUCAAGAUCCACCACCUUCUUUGACUAAAGAAUUGUAUUUCUUUUGCUUUCCUGGUAAUGAUCUUCUUCUACUUAGACUCUAUUGAUUUACAAUAUAACAUGCUACAUAGUUUUUUCCUGCAUGCCCCUCUUGUUCUGGUAAUGGACCAUGUGCAAAUCCAUACUUCACUGAGGCAAGGUGAUUGAGAUUUAUGCCUUUAAGAUGUCUGGGGAUACUGCAGAAGGUUUUCAGAAUCAGUGCUCUGAGCUGAGCUCACACCCCCCCUCCACUGAACUUCAAGAUGAAGGAAGCGUGCCAGAGACUCAAGCUGAGGAUGGAACUACCCAAGGGAUAGCAGGCCUCGCUAUUACCUGCUGUGUGUGCCUGGAGGCAGACAGGCUGAGAAUCUGUCUUAACUCAGAAAAGAUCUGUAUCCUUCCCAUACUGGCAUGUCUGAUAAGUCUCUGUCUUUGUAUUGCUGGCCUUAAGUGGGUGUUUGUAGACAAAAUAUUCGAAUAUGACUCCCCGACACAUUUGGAUCCCGUGAGGAUUGACGGAGAUCCUAUCAUAUACGCUAACUCUGCACCAAAUACAUUGGUACCUUCUUCUGUAUAUACGCUGCCUUUCCUUAUGCCUACUACUAAAACUAAUAUCCAGGUUACAGUGGAAGUUGGAUCAUCCCUUUUGCCUACAGAGCCUACUUUCCAGCCAUUAACUACUGAUAAUAAUUUACCAAAAGUCACUUCAGUGGAAAAAAUAUAUCAGCCUUCUACAAUAAAUACUUUAGGAGUUUCAGAGUCUAGUACCACAGUCACUAUAAAAAAAGGUGAGACCACAGCAACAGCAAGUCACUUAUCCAAAUGUUCAGAAAAAGAGAAGACGUAUUGUGUCAACGGAGGUGAAUGCUACGUAAUCAAAGGAAUCACAAGCAGUGGCACAACAAAAUACAUGUGCAAGUGCAAACCAGGAUUCAUGGGAGCACGAUGUACUGCGACUGAUCCUCUGAGAGUCAUAAGAGCAGAAAAGCAUCUUGGAAUUGAAUUUAUGGAAGCUGAAGAGUUGUACCAGAAAAGAGUGCUGACCAUUACCGGCAUCUGCAUUGCCCUGCUUGUAGUUGGCAUCAUGUGUGUUGUCGCCUACUGCAAAACAAAGAAACAGAGAAAAAAGUUACAUGAUCGUCUUAGGCAAAGUCUUCGAUCAGAACGGAACAAUAUGGUGAACAUGGCAAAUGGUCCGCAUCAUCCAAAUCCGCCACCAGAAAAUGUCCAGCUGGUAAAUCAAUAUGUCUCCAAAAAUGUUAUAUCCAGUGAACAUGUAAUAGAACGGGAAACAGAAACAUCGUUUUCUACAAGUCAUUAUACGUCAACAACACAUCAUUCAACGACAGUUACGCAAACACCAAGCCACAGUUGGAGUAAUGGCCAGUCAGAAAGCAUUAUUUCAGAAAGUCAUUCUGUGAUUGUGACAUCUUCAGUAGAAAAUAGUAGACAUGCAAGUCCUACAGGACCAAGGGGGCGACUGAAUGGUAUUGGAGGUCAUAGAGACUGCAGCUAUCUUAGGCAUGCUAGAGACACACCAGAUUCAUAUAGAGAUUCACCACACAGUGAAAGAUAUGUUUCAGCAAUGACCACUCCAGCUCGCAUGUCACCAGUGGACUUCCAGACUCCAAUAUCUCCGAAAUCACCUUCAAUGGAGAUGUCUCCACCAAUAUCUAGCUUAGCUGUAUCAGUUCCCUCUGUGGCUGUCAGUCCAUUUAUUGAAGAAGAAAGACCAUUGCUUCUGGUGUCGCCUCCAAGGUUACGGGACAAGAGAUAUGACUUAUAUUACCACCAUCACCACUAUAACCAGCAGUACAAUUCCUACCAUCACAACCCUGCCCAUGACAGCAGCAGCCUGCCGCCAAGUCCUUUAAGAAUAGUGGAGGAUGAGGAAUAUGAAACCACACAAGAGUAUGAGCCGGCCAUGGAGCCUGUUAAGAAACUAGUCAACAGCCGGAGGGCAAAAAGAACAAAACCCAAUGGCCACAUUUCCAAUAGAUUAGAACUGGACACUGACACUAGCUCUGAGAGCAGUACAUCUGAGAGUGAGACAGAAGAUGAAAGAAUAGGCGAGGAUACACCUUUCCUGAGUAUACAAAACCCCCUGGCGACCAGCCUAGAGUCAGCCAGUGCAUACCGACUUGCAGAAAGUAGGACUAACCCAACUAGCCGAUUCUCAACGCAAGAGGAGUUACAAGCAAGGCUGUCCAGUGUAAUAGCUAACCAAGACCCUAUUGCUGUAUAAAACAAAUAAAACAUAGAUUCACCUGUAAAACUUUAUUUUAUAUAUGAAGUAUUCCACCUUAAAUUAAACAAUUUAUUUUAUUUUGACAGUUCCGCAAGUAGAAAACAGGAAACAUUUUAUAAAUUAAGUAUAUGUAAAAAUGUGUUAUGUGCCAUAUGUAGCAAUUUUUUUACAGUAUUUCAAAAUAAGAAAGACAUCAAUGGUGCCUUUAUGUUAUGUUGACAACAGUUUUUGUAUGUCCCAGUGAUUGCUGUCCCACAGUAUUUUUGCAGACUGCUUUAGCCUUUAUUUUUUCUUGGCUUUUUGUGCAUUGCAUUAAUGGUGUCGACUGAAUGUAUGAUUUGCAAGCAAUCAACUGUUUGUUUGUGGUACUGUAGAUUCCUGCCUAACUGUCCCUGUAAUGCAGUACUCAUAAAAAAAACUUUACUUUUGUGAGAGAAAUUCUAUUGCUAUCGGCAUACAAACCAAUUUAUGUCUGCUCUUUGCCAGCCAAAGCUUUGCUUUACAAGACACUGAUCUAAUAGUAGAUUGAACAGCAUGCUACUAUUAAUCAAAGCAGGACACAGAGACUGCAAAUACACAAUGUUUAACACUUUUUUAGAAAUGCGAAUGCUACUGUGACAUACAUAAUUAUUAAUUAGAAAAGUGAAUCCAUCAUAAACUCAAGUGGUAUAGUUAUAAUGCUGGAUCCUUAAUAAUCGCAAGUCAACCCUUCUCCCCGCAGUGUAAAACUUUCCAGACCUUGCAAGCUUAGAAUAAACUUUGUAAGCUAACCUUGCAGAGUGACAGAAGGCCAUAGAAUAACACAUAGAAAUUGUGGCCCUAGCAUGCCCGAGGAACCUGAAAACCCUAAAGGGCAUGCAUUAUGCAAGUACAAACUUUCAGUAUUGCAUUGUGGAUGCUUUGGGGAUGCUCCCUUACACCACAGGGAAGUCAAUAUUUGAAUACUCUUCAUUUUCCUGGUUUUGGGGUGUUAAAGUAACCCUUUCACCACAGGGUCACUUUAACAGAGGACAGCCUGUAAAAAUGAGUGAAUAUAUGUACAUUUUCCGUGGCAAGUGUUUUGAAAAGCGCCACUUCACUGUUGCAAGU